UUCUCAGUUAAAUAAAAAUGAACAAUGAUGAAGUAAACUACCCAAAUCAAUAAUCACAAUGAUCUAUUGGGAGAUUUUAAUCCCAAUUUUAAUAAUUUUAGAAUUUUCAAGAAAUACUUCAGCAAUUGGAAUCUAUUUUACGAGGUCACCCGAAUCAUUGGUAGCACCACUUCACGAUGAAGUAGUGUUUGACUGCACUCUUAAUAUAAAUGUAGACAACAUCAAAUGGUUGCAUAACUCAAAAGAUUUUAUACAUCCAGCUUCAGUACACACCAACAGUAAUAGUAGACUUGUUGUUAAAGUAGAAAGUAUUGCAGAAACUGGUGAUUAUCAAUGUGUAGCUACCAUUGGUGCAUCUUCUUUGGCAUCCACAGCAGCAACAUUGAGUUUGGCUACGCUGAAGGAAUUCGAUAAUCGUUCAUUAUCAUUAAGUGAAGAUAAAUUUAAAAUUACUGCAGGGAAUACAGUUGCUCUGAACUGUGGAAAUCCUGUUCAAAGUGAUCCACCUGCUUUAAUUCAGUAUUAUAAAAAUAAUCAACCAUUACCCAGAACUACUCCAGUAUCUUCAGCUGGAUCGGUACUGUUGAAAAAUAUUCAAUCUGAACAUACUGGUCACUAUACUUGUUCAGCCACUAACAAUAUUUUAUCCCAAGUAAUAAAUUUAUCUAUGUCUUUAUACUUGGAUGUUCGUUCAAGUCAUGCUGCUGCACUAUCCCCGAGGUUUAUAAGUAAACCACCAUCUUUAUAUGUUGCUCAAAAAAAUUCAAAUGUCAGUAUUGAAUGUGCUCCAUACGGUGAACCAGUGCCUACUGUAAAAUGGCUCGGAGUUCACAAAAAUAUACUUAUGCAUGACAACAAAACCAAUAUUGAAUCUGGUUUGUUAACUAUACGUAAUCUUAGUAUUGAAGAUUCUGGUGUAUACGAUUGUAUUGCUGAAAAUAGUCAUGGAAAAGUUAGUCAUUCUAUAACACUUCAAGUUCAAGAGAUGCCGUAUGUGAAGAAUGGUCCCAGUGAAUCUGUGGUAAUAAAUGAAGGCAGUUCUGAGACAUUAAAAUGUGAAGCUAUGGGAACACCAUCACCCAAAAUUAUUUGGUAUCUUAAUGGGAAACCAGUUAAUGAUACAAAUAUACUUGUUAAAGGAAGCAUUUUAACUUUAAACAACACUCACAAGUAUCAUGCCGGAUUUAUUCAAUGUUUUGCCUGUAAUAUCCUAGGAUGCUCAUAUUGGGCUGCUAUGAUUCAAGUCAAUCCAAAACAAAUUACACAACUUACUUCUCAACAACAUUAUUAUGAAGAUUCUACAACACGGUCUCCUCAGCGAGAUAGGAAAGACAGAAACCAUAAAGGAAAAGGUAGAAAGAAAGAUAAAAAAAAAAAAGGAAAUGAGAUGGUUCCUCCUUCGCAGCCUAAUGUAACCAGGUUAACAGAAAAUUCAGUGAUGGUACGAUGGUUUGUUCCACCAAAUGAUGGACUGCAAAUUCGAUUUUUUAAAUUGCAAUACAAAGAAGUAGGUGGAAGUUGGAAUACAAGCAGUGAUGAUAUACAAAUGCAUAUUCGAUGUUAUCAAGUGGACAAGUUAUUACCUGAUCGAGAUUAUGUAUUUAAAAUAGCUGCAGUAUAUUCAAACGAUGAUAAUAAAUCUGGCCCAACUUCAAAACAUUUCUUUUUGAGUAAAGGACCACCUAACAGAUCUCUAAUACCUCCAACUUUAGUAUCAGCCAAAGCCGUUGAUAGUACUUCUAUAUUAUUAGAAUGGGAGUACCUUAAUUCUGUAUUAGCUCCAGUUCAAGGGUUCUAUGUCUAUUAUAGAGCUACUAGUACUGCAGGUGAUUACACCAAAGCCAUUGUAGAUGGCCAAGAUACCCGUGUCUUUGUUGUUACACAUUUAGCCCCAGAUACUUCAUACGAUUUAAAAUUACAAAGUUUUACUGUACAUGAAGCUUCCAAUUUUAGCACCAUACUCACACACAAAACAUUUGGAGAACCUAAGACAAGUACAGAUACUCCAAAGUGGAGUGACAACAUACCAGAUAAUGUUGCAAAUAAUAAUAAUGUAUAUUCAACAAUCGGUGGUGUGAAGUCACUCUACGUUUUGCUUGGUGCAGUUGCUGCUGUAAUUGGAGCUAUUGUUCUACUUAUAUUUUUUACAGUAUGCAUAUACAGCAAACGGUUGUCAUCACACUCUAAUUCUCCAGAGCUCAACAAGAGUUCUGAAGCAGUAUCAGGGCUAGAGCCACUAUCGAUGAAUGGGUUUGCUCUGAAAAAUGGUAAAAUGGUUAAUGGAUGCACAUUGUCAAUGGCCUCCGAGAAUACACACGGGCAUACUCAUCCACCCAACGGAUAUGUUAUCCAUCCGAUUAACAUUACUAGUAAUCCACUUGCUCCUGAUGCUAAAAAUGCUAUAGAGAUCUCUUAUUUGGCAAAUCAUAAUAACAAUUGUUCUGAAAAUGAAAUUAAUUCAUUGCCCAGACGAGCUAUGCCCUUACCUACAGAUACUCCAAGGACGUGGCAUUCUAAAGAUGCAAAAGACGAAAACUAUGUUUGAAUUAAAUAUCCAAAAACCAUUGCUGAAUACAAUGUUGUUUUCAAAUAAAGAAUGGUGUUCAUCUAUCAGACUGAAGGCGGUUUU